GAAAGCUGGUGUUGUUCGCGGCAAGCAAAAUCGCUACACGUUGUUUCCCUGUGAAACCUGUGAAAAUGAAGCUUCUAACGUACAAUUUCCUCACAUCCAAGUGUAUCCGCGGAGUGAAGGUGGGCUACCCGCUAAAACUGAACAUCGUGGAAAAGAAGAUCGUCAACGCUGAUUUUAGCUCGGAAUUCAUCACCCGCAUGCUGCCCCGGUUGGACUGGAGUGCCGUUUGUGGCGCGGCAACGAAUGUUGGUACCGAUCUUCCGACGACAAUGCCCACUGAAAUCCAAAACGAUGGUGAGCUGCUGCAGAAAUUGCACCACGUGCUGUUGUGCGUGGACGUAGUCGAGGGAACGCUGGAGUGCCCGGAAACGGGUCGCAUUUUCCCCAUCAACAACGGGGUGCCGAACAUGCUGCUGAACGAGGAUGAAGUAUAAAUCACUGAGGCUUUAUUGUUAAGAAUAAAUACUAACACCAAAAAAGGGCACACGCAGCAUCCGUCAGUAUCGUAAAUGGGUUAGUUUAUUGUUUCAUGAAGAAGAUUCGUACCCCGCUAGAUACUCGUUUGGCUACACACACCGUGUUACACAUUGAACAUUAGAGAAAGAGUUAAAUACGCUACCGCUACCGGACCCGAUGCAAAUGGCGGUCAGGAUUUUUGCAAAAAGGACGAAUGGUUUGCAGUUUUGCCGUCUACGCGCUUAAGGUACAUUUGUCACACAAGGAACGCUGUCAAGGUUUACCCUCGCUUCACUAAGUUUGCGCUUCGAAGACGAGGGUGAACUAACGAAUGUGGCGGUUUUAAACAUAAUUUGUACAUCGGCCAUCAGCUUCGAAGCAUGCGCCAUUUCGCUUCCAUUUUGUAUACCACCGACAAGAUGUGUACAAAGCGCUGUUGCACUACCAAAAACCUACGAUGAUUGACGGAAUGCAGGUUGGAUGUUUCGGCUCCGCAACGUUCAGCUGCCCCCCGGAGCACGGCGCGACAGAGUUAGGCACCAAAACGCACUACACAAGAAAGGGGAUGUGCUGAAAGCGCAAGGCGUGUUUAAUACUGUCGCCUCCACUCGGUCCACUACCCCGUGGACUAUGUGUUCACUGGAUGGGAAAGAACUAGCUAACUGCAUCUGAUGAACAAUCUAUCGAACGAUUUAAACUGCGUAAAUUACGUUUGCGCUCUGGGCGCCUUGUGGUUAGCAUGCUGUAACGUGCAGAAGGGGUCGCUAUCCGUUUCGCUUCCGUUGUUCUUUUAAAUUGCUAGAAAAAUAUUCCAUCUUUCCCUCCACCCGGGGCCCUUCACGAUUUGGAUUAGUAACUAGCGAGUAACGAGUGCCGAGUGUAUAGUAAUGUCUCUAAGUACCGUAAAUAUUAGCUGGCCAUUGGCGCUACAAACCUCCCGCUGUAACUGGCCUUCGAAUGUGCCUCAUUUGAAUGGUUAUUUGUAAUGGCUUCUUACCUCCACAUUUCGAUGGGAACGCGUACAUAAUUCUGCGAUAGCGCGCUUUCCUUUUUUAAUGGAUAAUAUUUAGAGGGUCACGUCGCGGAAAUACAAAACGUAAGUGGUUUGUCGGACAAUAAAUCUAAA